GGCCAAUAGUAAACAUCCAGUAGAGCUACUCUGUACUAUAACUUUAUUUUACUGAGGCUUAGAAAGCUGGAGCCAUCGGGGCUUUGCACCUUACUUCUUCACGUUGGAGCUCUGGAAAUCAUGCUAGGAAAGUGCGAAAACAUCCGGGAUGCUGUGAAGUCUGUUAUUACCGUGUUCUGGAUCACUUUUAGCGUCUGUUCCGGAGGAGUUAACAGCCAGGAGGGUAAUGGCUGUGGACAUUCCCUGCUGGGCACAGAGUCUGGCACGUUGGCCUCGCAGAACUACCCAGGCACCUACCCCAGUAACACCUGGUGUACGUGGAGACUUCGAGUGCCAGAGGGGCGAACGCUGCGACUGCUGUUUGGGGAUUUUGACGUUGAGAGCAGUCCCGGCUGCAGGAAUGGUUCUGUCGUGAUCACAGACGAGAGCGGAGAACCCAGUCUGGGUCCAGUGUGCGGGAAGUUCGAUACAUCACAGAAGAAUGUGACGCUUAAAAGCAAUGAAGUGACGAUAACCUUCAGGUCAGGCCCGCACCGCUCUGGACGAGGGUUUCUACUGUCCUACGCCACAGACCAGUAUCCAGAUCUCAUUUCUUGUUUACAACGAGGAUCUCAUUCUAGCUCGCAGCGUUUGAAUGUGUACUGCCCCGCUGGAUGUAAGAACGUCACAGGGGAUGUUUGGGGAAGCUCUGAACUGGGUUACAGAGAUACCUCAGUCCUGUGCAAGUCUGCAGUCCACGCCGGAGCUGCAUCUGAUAGUCUGGGAGGUCGCGUCACUGUGAACCGUGGGAGAAGUCUCACACUUUAUGAAUCCACCUUUGCCAAUGGAAUCCUUUCAAAAAUGGGAUCAUUAUCUGAAAAGAAGCUGCUCUUCAGCCAAGAAUGCAACAACAUCCUGAGUGUUUCUGGUUUAAAUGCCUCAUCUUUCUGGGAUAAAAACAGCCAAGAGUACGCAAUGUUCUGGUCCCCCAGAAACAUGGAUCCCAGCCAUGAGUUCCUACCCUGGGCGGCAGACGGUAAUGAUCUGAACCCGUGGGUGGAGCUGGGGCUGAGUGAUAGAAGCACUAUCACAGGAAUAAUAACAACGGGAUCAAACGAGUACUACAUAGAAUCCUUCAGUCUUUUUUUCAGCAAGGACAGAAAAACUUGGAAGCUUUACAAAGGUGCUCUCAGCAAGGAAAAAAAGAUGUUUCAGGCCUACACCGAUGGCCACCUCAGGGUCCUCAACAGCUUUUUCCCUCCCGUGGUGGCUCGGUUUGUCCGGCUGCAGCCGCUGAGCUGGCAUGGCCGAGCUUCAGCUCAGGUGCAAGUCCUGGGAUGUCCUGUUGCCAAGGUCACACCAAGGUCGCGCUCACCUGCUGAAUAUCCUUCCAUCAAAGUUAACGUGGGUUCACCCCAGACCAGCCCCGCUCCCACUCCCACAGAGGGCCCGGUGUUAGUGGAGACAAGACUGAACACUUAUGUUCCUGUAGGCUCCAGUCAGCCAGUGAUAGUGGCGGUGGGAGUGGUCCUGGGGCUGAUAAUGUGCGGCAGUUGUUUGUUGGCUGGAGUCUGGUGGAAGAGAAGGAAAAAAGAGUCACAAAUGAAGUACUCCUUACCCCCAAUAGGUUGCCAGAGUUUCCAGGCAAAGAGUCUCUCCUGCCCUCAAUCAGAGCUCAUCUCUUACCCUCUGGAGCGAAAUGUCCAUGAUGCUCUACCUAGCCCUCCUCUUAAUGAGUUUACUGGUGAUCUCAAGUGGUGAGCUCUGCCCUCCCUCCUCCGUCUUUCCUGCUCUGACAGUCUCUGGCUUCAGCGGUCAGUUUGAGGAGCUCAUGCCAGGCCUGACAGGCAAACAGCUCUCUCCACGGGCUGUCCAUUCUUUCCCCCGGCUCAGCCCAUCACCCAGACGCAGUAUAAACAUUCCUUUCUUUGGUCCACGGAGCCUCUCUGAAAGAGACCCUUUAAUUGGAGCUCGAUAAAGAGCGCUCAGCCUACACCCCCCACCACCGCCACCGCCACCACCACCACCAGUCCCCCUCUCCGCCUCCCCCAUCCCCUCCCCCAGCGAGGGGGCCCUUCAGUGAGAGGUCCAGUGAUAAACAGGACAGAGGGUCAAAGCUGAGACAAUCAAAGCCCUCACUAAAGCCCGUCUAAUUAAAAUAGCUCUGGCUCUGAGGCUCCCUGUGGGCUCUGGAGUUAAGGUCUAGGCCUCCCACACCACAGCCUCUUCUGCUGGGGCGAAGAGUAGAGUCUGGUGGGAUCCGAGUGCCACGCUGUCAGCCCCCGUCCCUGUGAUUAGAGGAGACAUUGUUGGUGGCCAAGCAGCUCAUGCAGGGGCUCACCAUAGGCCUAGAACGAGACUGCUACUAAGUAGAAGAGAAGCAUUUCCCACAAACUGCAGAUGCAAAUUGAUCCUAAAAGAGUUUUGGUCGUGUCUAGAUGGUAACCCACAAAUUGCGAAAACUUGCAAAAACUCUCGCUCGCUGCCCGGCAACCUCUCCUAACCAUAACCAUUCAAGGUUAAAAUAUAAGUGGGGAUGCACCAAUAUGUGUUAAAGCUCAUAAAAUGCCUGAUAUUUCUGUCCCAUGUUGGCUGAUCCUGAUAAGAGUCUUAAAGAUAUAGAACUAAAACGGGUUAAGCUUUUCUGAAGUGCCUGUUUGAAAUGUGCGUAGAGGUUCUUUCUUGACCUUGAAAAGGCCUACUACACUGUGCAAAACUUCCAAGCUCAAGGUUCAUUUGGGAAUAGCUAAGUAAGUGAACCUUGAGUUCAGAAUUUGACCACAGUAUUUUAAAGGUACUUUAAGGUAAUCAAAUGGUUUUACAGAUUAUACUUUAAAGGUACAGUGUGCAGGCACCAACUGAGUACCUCUCCGCUCACUCCUCCCUCUCCAAGACUGCGGUAACGUGAGU